CGCGAGCGAACAACGCCAAAACCCAAAGCCAGGCCACGGCGGUUCCUUUUGAGGCCAGGCCGGAAUGCUGGCGCCGAAGCUCCGGGCGCGUAACUUCAGCUCAAUCCGUCGUGAUCAACCAAUGCAGUUGGAUCGGGUGUGAUUCAACACUGGUUUCCUCUAUCUGCGUGUCGCUACUGAGUUCAAUCCGGUCACCUUCUGCCAUCGUGUUCUUCCCUGGGCUUGUUGAUUCCAUCGGUCCAGAGACGAUCCGAACGGUAGCAGUCGGCCUGACUCCUCCACCUCCGCAACCGAUCGCCUUGACUGCACCUAUCUGUAUGUGCCUGAACGUCCUUCGGGAGACGGGAGAUUAUCCAACCGGUCUCAUUUGAAAACCCGUUUCGAUUUGCGACCGUGUAUCGCCCCGUGCGGGCCGCCAUCGCAGCCUCAUCCGUCCGCGCCGGCGCCUUACAGCUGCGCAUCCACGCAUGGAUGGACCCGAAUGCGCAUGGAUUCAAUCCCUAAAUCUGCCCUCCGUUGACCAGAGCAUCUUGCAGGCGGCAGGAAUGGCGAGUGAAGCUGGCCGAUCGAUCCUGAGCCAGUCGCCCAGCAAACGGGAGCCCAAAUGCACGCUUCCGCCUGAGAAGGUCUUCUCGAUCCAAAUAGGAACGGAGCUCUUCCGGCUCUCAGGAGCCUCCAUUGCUUCCGAUGCCCCGUCAUAUUUCUCCCGCUUCUUCGAAGAACAGCUGCGCCUGCAUGGGGACGUCUCGAACGUCAGAACCCUCUACAUCGAUCGCGAUCCGACUACAUUCCAGGAGAUUGCUAAGCAUCUGCAGGGCUACCAUAUUUUGCCCAAAGAUGGGCCGCAGUUCGUGAAGUUCUUCGCCGAUGCCCAGUUCUACAGCUUGCCUCGACUGAUCUCUCAACUGUUCGAAUCGGAGAUCUUUGUCCGAAUCGGUGGCCGCAAUUUCCAGAUUCCUCGCGACAUCUUCUCCGGCCCUGGCGAUACCCCGAACUUCUUCACGUUGGGAUUCGCGGCCUUCUUUGCCUCGCCGACGGAAGUAUUCCCCGGGCUCGACCGUCAAGGUCUGUUGCGGCCACCAGCCAUCACACCACCCAGUGUCCCCAGCCGUUCAGGGGAAGUCUUUGCACAGCUCCUCCACCUCCUUCGCGGGUAUCCUCUGGACAUUCGGAACGAGGCGCAUCGCGACGAGCUCCUGCGUGAUUGUCGCUACUUCCAUCUGCGUGGACUGGAGCAGAAACUUAUACCGCACCACAUCAGCUUCAACCCCAUCCGCAAACGGGAUGAGAUUAUCAUCCGUCUCGAGGACGUCCGCCGGUCUGGCAUUGACAUCGAAGAUAUCCCGCUUCCUCCUGGUCAGAAUCAGACAGACGUUGUGUCCGCGGGCUUUGUUACCUACACUCGGCCUUUUAUCGACGAGAAGAAGUAUGAUUUGAUUCUCGAGAUUGGUGACGAAAGCACCGUCCUCGACGUGACCAGUCGACGUCCCACGUUCCUCGGCGCCACAAAAACCCGCAUAACCAGUCUUCUGCAGAUCAUAGCCAGCAAGAAACCCAACCAGAACCGGCUCGUGCAGCUAGACGGAUCGCAGCCCCCGCCGGAGGACCGUCUGUGGGCCUCGCUGUCGGUGGACACGGAUUUGACCAUUGAUGGCGAACGCGAAUAUUUCCCGGACAUUCUCCGGGACAACACGCCUGGCCUGGAGCAUCUUGCCGAGGAGCCGCAAAGGAAGCGCAAACGCGUCGAUGAGGGCUCCAUUGAACGUCCGUGGGUGAUACGCAACGGACAAUGGCGGUUGUGCCUGCAGCCGAGGGCGAAGGGCGAUGGCAUGGAUUUUGUCAUGGUCGCGGUGAAGUUGGACGUGUUUACACGGCAGCGAACACGCAACCGAAUGAGGACAUUUCUAGGGUCAUAGUCACUAUACUAUACAUACAUGACUUUCUUUACUGUACAUGUCCGUUAGCUCUAGACCAGAGAUCAAUCCGAGAAUCCCUCCCACUCGUCAUCCUCCUCUUCCUCGUCAUCAUCGUCCUGAUCUUGACCCUGAUCCUUACGUUGAUACUCAGCCCCAUUCCCAUCUUCAACAUCUCCAUCCCUCACAAACCCGGCCACAAAGAACCCUCCCGUCCCCUCUUCAUCCCCAGGCCAACACCUUAAACACCCCUCCAACUCCUCAUCCGACAAAUUCACAUCCACCUCCACCCC